CAUUCUUGCCAUGUCAGUUGUGAGUUGAAUUUCAAACAGAGCACAAGCAAAUUUUGUACUUCGUAGAACAAACGGCUCGAAACAAGAUAUCAAAACACUUGAACAAAUUGUUGAAACAGAACUAAUUCCGAGUUACAACAGUGCGACCGUUGAUCCGCUAUCGAUUUUGAGUUUUCCUGUUGCUGUUCUGCUGUUAGCAGCUUGAAGAGUGAAGAAUUCUGUUUGAAUCUGAUAAAUUGUGAACUGACGGAAGAGCCUUCCCAGUGCUUGAUUGGUGUCAAAACUAAAAUAACCCAUUGAUCUUAUUAGUUCAGUGCGGGUGUAGUAAGUGAAAGAAAAAAGAAAUCUACGUUAUAGUCGAACCAUGAAAGUGGUAAACAUAAACAGUGUGAAUCAUCAGCAUCAUCUGGACGGCUUGCAGUCGACACUAAUGGAGGACCCAAUCACACCGAAGGCAACCUCGGAUGUGGUGCUGGAUGGUGUCUCCGGUCGUGAUUCCGGUGGUGAUUGCCACGGUGGUGGCGGUUGUUGUUCGGGAGUUCUGCUCCCAUCCGGAAAGCCCAACCAGAUCCAGGCUCUACUGGAGCGUCAUGAAAAUCCACAGACUGCCGUCGCUUCCACCAGCAGCGCCGGUAGCCCCACCACAUUAUCCAUCAGCGGAGUAUCCAAGCUGCUGAAAAAUCUCUAUCUAUGCGGUGGCAGUGCUGCCAGCGUAUCGAUGAUGAACCAGCUUGGCGUGAGCUUGGUGAUCAACGCCACGACUGAAUCGGAACUUCCCAACACUCCAUUGCCCUGUGAUGAAACGACCGGAUAUCUGAGGGUACCGGUAAAAGACAACCGAGAAGCGGAACUGGAUCGAUACUUCCACCAAGUUGCAGACCGAAUCGAGCAGGAAUCCCAGAACAACGGAGUCACUUUGGUUCAUUGUGUGGCCGGAGUAAGUCGGUCGGCCUCUCUGUGUUUGGCUUACCUAAUCAAGUACCACCGGAUGAGCUUGAAGGAUGCGUACAACCAUGUGAAGGCCCGGAGGCCUCAAAUCCGACCGAACGUUGCUUUCGUGAGGCAAUUGUCCGAGUUCGAGUUCAAACUGAAUGGAACACGAUCGGUGUCGAUGGUGUACUGUCACGCCCUGGAUCAAGAACUGCCAGACAUUUACGAGCCGGAGUUCCGAACUAUGGAACUGCUGUAUCAGAAGUUCCGACGGAAUUUCGCCAAACGCUAGACAUAGAAGACAUGUUCCACUGUCCCAUUCGUUCGUAAUGUAUUCCCAUCAGUCGUAAGAUGAUCUACUAAUUUAAGGCACCAAAUCUCUAUAAACUAAAACUUGAUGGCAGCGUUGCCAGUGUUCGAUUAGGCUGUCUGAAACGUUCAAAUAUACACCCUCCACGCGCUGAUACUUAAUGUCGAUGUUAUUUACGCACGAGUAUUGACUACUUUGUAUACUAUCGUCUAUCGGUUAUUACUAGUUAGGGAGAUACGUUAAAGACCAGUUAGGCACAAGACACCCACCAUUUCAUUCACUGCGUUCGGAAUUUUCAUUAUUGGCUGACUUUCAGCUCACGAAAGGAACGAUUCGGUUCCAAGCGUUAGAUUUAGAUGAUUGUGUUCAAGACAACUAGUUGAAUAUUUUAGUCGACCUGUCAGUUGAUAUGGUAAAUGAUUGAAAUCUGUCAUAACCAAAGAAUCAUAUUUAUUCCAAACUAAUAAAAUAGGAACAACGCGAAAUUCAUGAUCAUUUGAUACGUUCUAUCUUUUGAUAUUUCUAAACUAUUAAAACGCUUAUGAUCUUAUUUAUAACACUGUAGUUUCGUAGCGAUCAAUGUGAAACGUUGUCGUUUGAAAUUUCCUAUGACAAACGGAAGUCCGACUAUAUUAGAAUGUGAUGGUCCAAUUAUGCUAACAGCACCUAAACCGUAUUUGGUUCUAUUGAAUUACUGAAAUUUAGAUUUAGUUUCAUUUUCUGUAAUCUUUGUUAGAAUAAAAGGAAUGAUAAUACUUAAAAGCACUGUAA